UAUUCAUCUUAGCCGUAACACAAAGAAUUCAGAGCACAUGUUAAACUUCCCAAGAAAAGAAAACAUGACUGAUUGAAACAUGAAAACAGAACCCCCACAGUCAAAAACUAAACCUCAGUUGUCUAGUAUUUCUAAAAUGAGCCUGUUAUGAACAUUUUUAUUUACUCUCUUUGACAAUUUUAAAAUACAUUCCUUGAUGACACACCUCACAGUGAAGAUCACAACAGUAGCUAAGGUGAAUUGAUCUGCAAGUUCUUCUUCAAUGAGAAACAGCACAAUCACUGUGACCGAGUUUGUUCUAAACUGCAUGAUUGAGGAUCCACAAAGUAACAACGCCGUCUACAUUUUUUCACUCAUCUACUUAGUGACUUUCAUCGGAAACGUCUUAGUAAUUCUUGUCAUUACAAUGAACCAUCACCUGCGAACACCCAUGUAUUUGUACAUCGGCACACUGGCUGUCAUGGACUUGAUAAACAGCACAACUGUGCUUCCUAAAUUGGUGGCUGUCCUUUUACAUUAUUCUGCUAUUUUAUAUGGACUCUGUGUACUCCAGAUGUCUCUCAUAAGUUACAUUAAAGUGGCUAUUACUUUUCUUUUCGCCAUAAUGGCCUGUGAUCGCUAUAUAGCUAUUCUUUAUCCUUUGAGAUACCCUUCAGUAAUUACAACCAAAACUGUAUGGACUGCUGUCUUUCUAUUGCAUAUUCUUAGUACAGCCUUAAUUCUACCAUACGUGUUCCUCGUUUCUGAUCUUUCUUUUUGUCAGGACAACGUCUUACCGUCCUGUUUUUGUAGUUUUUUUAACAUGAUGGAUGUGUCCUGUGAUAAAGAUUCGAAAUAUGUAACCAUUUCAUUUGCUAUGGUUGCUUUGUGUGGUAUAGGCCCUUUAGUUAUAAUUGUUUUGUCCUACAUAAAGAUUGCUCAAGCUGCUCUGAAAAUCUCUUCUGUUGCUGGGAAGCAAAAGAUUUUUACCACCUGUGUAACUCAUCUGAUUGUAAUCGGGAUGUUUUACUUUCCUUUGCUGAUAUUCUACGUUUUGCCCGAGACUGGGGUUAAACUAUCAACUGAAACAUCUAAUGUUUUGGUUAUUAUAGCCCAUGCCAUCCCCUCCAUGAUGAAUCCUAUUAUUUAUAGUUUCAGGAACACUGAAAUAAAAAGUAGUAUUUUCAACAUUUUUUUGACCAUUAAACAAGUUCAACUACUUAAAUACCCUUAAAUUGGGCCAAAUCAAUAAUAUUUAAGAACUCACAGCAUCUUUUUCAAUGUUUAAAAUAAAAAAUUCUAUUGCUGACCAAAUCAACAAUUGAGUAAGAAGGCAAGUACAGUUAAUUUGGUGCACACCAGACCUGCUAAAUGUAGUAGUGGAGGAUGGAUUGAAGACAAAACCGCUGGCCUUUAUGAACAAUGCUACACAUCCUCUCUCUGACACACUAACAUUGAGGACUUUCAGACAACAAAUUAUUCAGCAGAAGUGUGUGAAGAACCGUGACUGGGGGUCCUAUUUACUUC